CUUUUCCCUUCGCCCCGCGUCUCUGGUACUAGUAGUGGUUGAGGCAAGCUUAAAGUGAGCCAGGUCUUCUCCUAUGUGUUCAAGUCCUCCUGAAUCUCAUCGAUCCAACACGAAGAAAAGUUUUCUUGCAAAUGUUACGGUCCCUUCAAACGUCUUUUGAGUUGAAUCCAAGCUUCGAAUCUUGUUCGUGGGAUGUGGCAUGUCGGGAUUUGAGCACUGAACAGAAAGCAUACAAACCGUUCAACAGGAGUCAAAUCGAAAAGGAGCUGUCAUGGUCUGGGACAUGAAAAGGGAUGUUUCUCGUUCGACCUUGGAAAUCGAAAGCUGAAUUGCCCGUGCACGAAAACCUUUUUCGAAAAAGAAGCAGGGGUUUUAUCUUCUGGCUGGCACCGACUCCUUGAAGGUUGCAGAAAAUUUGGGAGUCAUACUGCCGCAGCACCGUUCACCAUAGCCUUCACUGCAUUACCUGCUUAGGCUUAUCGUCCAUCAGCCACAGUAAAGAGUCCUGAUGCAUGCCACAUCCAUGAUCCUUCCCGUUGACGUAGCCACACCCCCUUUGGCCGUUGGGGACAAGAACGAUAAAAAGCCCUCCCGUCGAAUGUCCCAACCCAACCUCCCUUCCUUUACAAUGACAUACGAGCUUCUACCUCAAACUCAUUUCACCUCCGAAACGCACCGCCAACCCUCGCCCGCCUCUUCCAUUCGAGCCACAUACGUUCGCUCACGUCCCCCUUCCUACAUAGAUCUCCUUGACCAGAGCACCCCAGCGACCAUAGGUGACCUAGCCAAACUCCAAGAAGACGUAGAACGCGACCUUGAGAGUUGGGGCGCACUAGCCAACGAAAGGUUACCCCAGCCCCCACUGUUUCUACACCGUAAACCAAGAACAGGUCGUCGUUCACCUCGAGGCUCGAAUGGGGUAGACUCCGAUUCCAUCUCCAUCCUUACCACUUGUACGACAACCAGCACCAUGCAUUAUAGACCUCGGAGGAAUGCAGAAGCGUCACCUCCGUUAUUGAGGAACUCUGAGAUGGGACGGCCGUUCCCACUGGUAGAACCCGAACAGGAGAUGGAAGCAAAGGACUCGGAGAAAUCUUUGGAGGAAGGCACUCCCACCAAACGGUGGAACGGACCGAGCCGAUUGAGGGAGAGACUUGGAUCUUUGCUCUGGAAGAGUAAAGAGCACACUGGGAUACUGGACCGAGAUCAUACCGAGACUGCAGAUGGUGUAGAAACACACACGAAGUCGAAGAAGAUCCGUAGACACUUCAAAAUGACUGCGAAGGGUCCCUCCGAUUCUUUAUCUGCAGCGCCUUUCAAGGUGUUGACUCCUAUAAAAGGCGACUCCGAUAUGGCUAGGAAGGGCUCGUUGAGUAGUAGGAGACCUCAUCAAAAACAAGAAUCGGAGGGCUCCGAGUCGACGAUCUCCACCGGGAAAUCAACCCUGCGCCGAUCGAGGUCUUUUGCAGGCUUUCGGGAAAGUACGAUUACCAACACUCUGUGUGAGGCUGAUGCCGUGGAUUCGGAGGAGAUUGACGAGAUAACUAAGGAGGCGGCGGGAGUUAACGUGAAUGUACGGAAAACGUUUUCGUACGAGCAGGAGGAAUCGGAUUAGGGGCCUCAUACUUCUCGUCUACUCCCUUCCUUGCUUGUUCAUCUCCCAGUUGUUACGAGCCUCAUCAUGACCCUUCGCGACUGUUUAUGUUUUCAAUCCUGUAAAAAGUAUGCUCGAUAUGCCGUAUGCUUAUGUUUUCCUUACCAUUCAUGUCGCUUUGUACCAAUAUUCAGUUGCAAUCUUACGUUCUCCAAAU